AUCUCCCCGUCCGGUCCAGCCAUGGCCGACGACGAGGAAUUCGAGAACUUUUUUGACGGAAAUUAUACUUGUACAAAAUCAGUUGAAACGUCUACUUUUCUACAUUUUUCGCUAAUUCCAUCAGUUGUCAUCAUUUUGAUUCUGGCCUGUCUUGAAAAGAGAGCACAAAGAUUCUGGUUUGAUGACAGAUAUCCCAAAUGUCCAAGACGUUGUGCGUUACUGCUCCCCCUGGACUUUUACAACUCAAUCAACAACCGAUGGUCAUUGGGAUUUGCAUUUGGUGCUACUACUGAUAAAAUCAUGUUUCUAUUUGAGAAAGAGUUCUUUCCAGUGGGACUUCCUGAAUGGGCUAAAGUAUUUUGGAUCCUCCUCACGGCUUUUGAAGUCGGCAUCUCCUCAUACCCUUUCUUUGUAUGUCUUUUAACAAAAUAUGAAGUUGUAGGAGCAGUUCUGGGAUUUCUUUACACAGCAGCUUGGGCAGUUGCCACGAUCUUUGACAUUUUAGACUGCUCUCCUAAUGACAAUCUUUUUGGAAAGUACACGGACGUAAUUCUGAAGUGGCCAUCCUUGCUGUUCCUGUUCCUUCUGCUAGGACAUUUCCUUUUUAAAUUUGUGAAAGCAGUGAGAUUUUCAUCUGUAUGGAACCAAAAUGACAAAGAUUCUCUUAUGGAACAAUACCAGUUGCAGUAUGUCCAGCGGUUGCUGAGAAAGCCUGUGCUUGGGAAUCCCCAGAAAAACUGGUUUCAGAGAAAGUUGUAUCAAUGGGACCCCUACUUUAAAUUCCCCAGCAGAUUAAUCAGCACAAUUGUCGUUAUGUUCCUAUGUCUUUACAUGUUUAUUGGGUUUGAAUUUUUUUUGAUCAAAUCACUUAUCACAAUACUCAAAAAACUGCAUAAGUCCUUCGAAGAAGGUUUUUCAGUUUCGGGAGAUGCAUCAUGGCUUCAAGACUUUGCAGAGUUUAUUCGUGUCUUAGAAGGCAUUUGGAUUGUUACUACUGUUAUUGCUUCUGCCACAUGCAUCGGAUAUGCAUUUAACAUCUUAGCCUGCUACAGGUACAGAUAUAGAUUGUGUAACUCUUGUGUAGAUGUAGCACUAUCAAAGUUCAUCUCUUUUCAAAUUGCAUACAUAAUGUGGGGAUACCUAAUCAUGCAUUUGGUGCAGUGGUUAUUUGGAAUGAUAUUUAUGUAUGUUCUGAUUUUACCCAUGGUACAUGGCAAAUGGAUGGAGCUUUUAAACAAAUGGGGAACUGUUAUCCUGACGUUUAUCAUUGUCAUAGUGAUCAAGAAGAUACAGGUGUUUGUAGGUGGCAAGUUUUUCCUCCAGCCAAAAAUGUCACCGAGUGACAGUCAAAAGCCUUUGGCUCUUGAUAACAGGAGAGUCUUCGUAAACUUCAGUUAUUUUUUAUUCUUCCAUUCGGUGGUCGUGGGCUUAACUUCCUGUCUGAUGAGACUCUUCCGUAGCAUCAUUAUUGGGGUCUGGCUGGUUGGACGGAUAGAUAGGCCAGUAAUGCCAAAAGGUUAUGAACAAUGUGAUGCAGGAUACACAGUUUGGAUUGGAAUGCUUUUUCUGGACCACUAUCACACAAAUCCCAUCCUUGUGUGCUUCUGCCAAAUCCUUUGUGACAAAGUCAAACAAAAAAAACUGUCUGGCGAUUCAUACUCAUCUGUGUGUAAGCCAUUGGUAAUAGUUCCCAGAGUGUCUAGGAAAGCCAGGACAAGAUGGUUCCUGCUCUAUACACUUCUGAAUAACCCCAGCGUCCAAAAAAUCCGGAAGCUAAAACCUCUCUCUUAUUCAGUGGACUGAUCAAAUCUUUUGUUGUUGUUGUUAACAGCAUAUUUUGUGGUUCUUCUGUGGUUCGCAACAAUUUAGUAUUUGAUCCAAGUUGUGAUCAGGAGGGGCUUGCUGACAUAUUCAUUUGUUUCCUAAAUGAACACUUGCAGCAUGGCUAUACUAGUGUAUUUAUUAUGUUAAUAUACCAUAUUCAAUCCCAGUACUGCUAUAUGAUAACUGCAGUGUGAUUGUUAUAUGUGCAAAAAUGAAAAGAUUUAGCACAACCCACAAUGGAGAAUGGUUGGCGAAGAUGACAGAAUUUGCAAUGAUGUUGAAAUUAACUUCCUUAAUUAGACAAAAGACAAUAUCAACACUUAUUAUUGACUGGAAAAUCCUUAGAGUUUUUUUGUUGUUGUUGCUUGAAGCAGAGGAAAAGAAAGUGUAAUUUAUGGUUUUGAUGAUUAAAAAAAUAGACAAUGGUAAAAAGAGAAAUUUUUCUCCUUGUAACCAUAGACUAAGCAAUAAUUUUGUAUUGGUGCUUGUUAUAACUGUAAAGAAAAUGGGAAGUCACUCUGUUUCUUUUCAUUUUUUAUUGUUGCAUCUUUGGCUCCCUUCCUUCCUUCCUACCCUCCU